AUGACCCUGUCAGAAGAUUGUUCCGUACCUCAAGAAUUCAUGCCUCUUGUGGAGGAUGAAAUUGACAUUAUCGGGGAAGAUGACCUGCACAAUUGUCUGCUUCGGGAGGCAUACUUACUUCAACAGAGCUGCGCUGAGGAGAAUGCUUCAGCGGAGUUUAGCGGCGAGUUGGAAGGUUGUGAGAUCGAUUCCUCUGGAGAAAGCGAGAGCAGUUUUAGCGUUGAAAUCCAAUCAGGUAGCAGAGUAAAAAACAACUUGGUGAAGCCUCCCUACUCGUACAUCGCUUUGAUAACCAUGGCUAUCCUGCAAAGCCCACAGAAGAAGUUGACACUGAGUGGAAUCUGUGACUUUAUCAGCAACAAAUUCCCUUACUAUAAGGAAAAGUUCCCCGCUUGGCAAAACUCAAUCAGGCACAACUUAUCACUCAAUGACUGCUUCAUAAAGAUUCCAAGGGAACCCGGCAACCCAGGUAAAGGCAACUACUGGUCAUUGGACCCCGCAUCAGAAGACAUGUUUGACAACGGUAGCUUUCUCAGGAGAAGAAAACGAUUUAAGAGGCACCAGCCAGAGUUUGUCAAAGACGGACUUAUGUUUUAUCCUAAUUUUAGUUGUUAUCGACCAUAUGGACGACCAUAUGCUAUACAGAACACCCAAGCACCAGUUCAACAAACUUCAAUGAAAUAUUUGCCCUUUCAAGAAAGAGUCAUGCUGUCGCACCCUCAAUUGCCGUACCGGGAUUUAAACCUCAGAAGGGCGCCCAGCACCAGUGCACUCCACCUGCAGCUGGGUGCGCCCGCGUCGGAACUUAAACCGACCAAUACCACCCAAACCAAAUGCUCCUUCAGCAUCGACAGUAUAAUAGGCAAGACGUCUCCCUCUUUCGUGCAAACUACUCAUUUGCAGGCGUCUUUGAAUUAUUCCCAUCUCCUGCAAAGAUCUGUGAGUUGCUUCCUUCCAACAAUAUUGUCUCCCGCGCCAAGAACUGUGUUUAACCCCACUGCUACUGUGAUAGGCGCAAUCCCGUCCAGGGACCAGGUACAACUCUCGUACCCGAAUUGCUAA